AUGUCAAUUGUAACAGUUAUUGUCAGCACAUCUGAGAAUAUCGAAUCCGAAAGACGAUUUGACAAGGGUUUGACACUUCUUGACCUCAAGUGCAAACUUGAACCAAUCACCGGAAUUCCCGCUGGUACCCAGAAAAUCGAGCUCUUUAGAGGAAACAACCUCAUCGGACCACUUGAUGAUGAUGAUCGCAUGCUGGGCUCAUAUCCCGUUGAAAAUUACAUGCGCCUUCACAUUACGGAUUUGAAUCCUCAUCGUGUCAAGAACCAAUUUACAGACGUUUCACUAGUAGAAAAAUUUGAAUUGACCGAGGAAGAAUAUGCAAAUCGUAACGAUAGUGUGCGUGCCUUUAAGGAACGUAAUAAACUAGGUCGCUUCUCUAAAGAGGCAUUGGAAGAUAUGGCAGAGCUUGAACGCCAAAAUAAUGAAGCAGCCAUGAAAAUCAAGGUCGGAGAAAGAUGUGAGAUCCAGAUGGGUGAAGAUUCCACCAUCAAAAGAAGAGGCUGGGUUCGUUUCCUCGGCACAACUGAAUUUCAGCCUGGAUUGUGGGUAGGUGUUCAGUAUGACGAACCUCUCGGAAAAAACGAUGGUAGUGUUCAGGGCGAACGCUACUUCCUUUGUCCACCAAAGUGUGGAGGUUUUGUUAGACCGAACAAGGUGGUUACAGGUGAUUUUCCCGAGGAGGAUAUCUUAAUGUCAGAAGAAGAAGAUGAUGAUUUGGAAGAGAUGUAG